GGUCAGAGCUGGAGAAAUACCAGUGGAUGUUUUCCCCAUUGCCUGGCUCCUUGUUCUCCAUCCACCCUUCUGCUCAAACCCUCCCCAAAUCAAGGAACGGGGAAAAAUAAGAUCAGUUACAAGAUUGUUAUCAAGGUUAUCAAGGAAAUGAAGUGACAGCUUUUGGUGAGAUCCUGCUGUUUGAGUGAUGAGAACAUUUUGAGCUUCUGAAACCAUUCGGAAGAAACUCAGUGCAGUCGAGACCAAUGCAGGGCGUGGACGCAAGUUCCAACAACAUGAACACAUCAUUUCUCUCCUCUGCUGGGAAUCAGUCCAUCCACCUGAACUUUUCAGAGAAGAAUUCCAGAAUCAUACACUUUCAAGAUGAAGAUUGCCACAUGCCAUUGGCCAUGGUCUUCACCUUGGCUCUGGUUUAUGGGGCUGUGAUCAUUCUUGGUGUCUCUGGAAAUUUAGCCUUGAUUAUUAUCAUCUUAAAACAGAAGGAGAUGCGCAAUGUUACCAACAUCCUUAUUGUCAACCUUUCCUUCUCAGACCUUCUAAUGACCAUCAUGUGUCUCCCCUUCACCUUUGUAUAUACUUUAAUGGACCACUGGAUUUUCGGGGAGGCCAUGUGCAAGCUGAAUCCUUUUGUGCAGUGUGUCUCAAUCACAGUCUCAGUUUUCUCUUUGGUCCUCAUCGCGAUUGAACGCCACCAGCUGAUCAUCAACCCUCGAGGGUGGAGGCCGAAUAACAGACAUGCCUACCUAGGAGUUGCUGCCAUCUGGAUUCUAGCCGUGGCUUCCUCCUUGCCUUUCCUGGUUUAUCAUGUAUUAACUGAUGAACCCUUCAAAAAUAUAACAAUCGAUGAAUAUAAGGACAAAUAUGUGUGCUUGGACUUGUUCCCUUUGGACACUAUCAGGCUUUCUUAUACCACAGCUCUGUUGGUGAUACAGUACUUUGGACCACUUUGUUUUAUAUUUAUUUGCUACUUAAAGAUAUACAUACGCUUAAAACGAAGGAACAACAUGAUGGACAAGAUGCGAGACAAUAAAUACAGAUCCACUGAAACCAAAAGGAUCAACAUCAUGCUGAUCUCUAUUGUGGUUGCAUUUGCAGUCUGCUGGCUACCUCUUACCAUCUUUAAUAUUGUGUUUGACUGGAAUCAUGAAAUUCUACCUGUUGCCACCUGCAGCCACAAUUUAUUGUUCUUGAUUUGCCACCUCACAGCCAUGAUAUCUACCUGUGUGAACCCUAUCUUUUAUGGAUUCCUCAACAAGAACUUCCAGAGGGACUUGCAGUUUUUCUUUCAUUUUUGUGAUUUUCGCUCCAGGGAUGAUGAUUAUGAGACUAUAGCCAUGUCCACCAUGCAUACAGAUAUUUCGAAGACCUCUUUGAAGCAAGCAAGCCCAGUAGCAUUUAAAAAAAUAAAUAAUGAUUACGAUGAAAAAAUAUAA